AUGUCACACGAAGGUGAAGAAGAUUUAUUGGAGUAUUCCGAUAACGAACAAGAAAUUCAAAUUGAUGCUUCUAAGGCUGCUGAAGCCGGAGAAACUGGUGCCGCCACUUCUGCCACUGAAGGUGAUAAUAAUAACAACACUGCAGCUGGCGACAAGAAAGGUUCUUAUGUUGGUAUCCAUUCCACCGGUUUCAAAGAUUUCUUGCUGAAGCCAGAACUAUCAAGAGCCAUCAUUGACUGUGGUUUUGAACAUCCUUCUGAGGUCCAACAACACACCAUUCCUCAGUCUAUCCAUGGUACCGAUGUGUUGUGUCAAGCUAAGUCAGGUUUAGGUAAGACAGCUGUCUUUGUUUUAUCCACUCUGCAACAGCUGGACCCUGUUCCUGGUGAAGUCGCCGUUGUUGUCAUUUGUAACGCUAGAGAACUAGCCUACCAAAUUCGUAACGAGUAUUUGAGAUUUUCCAAAUAUAUGCCAGACGUAAAAACAGCCGUCUUUUACGGUGGUACUCCAAUUUCUAAGGAUGCUGAACUUUUAAAGAAUAGAGACACUGCUCCCCACAUUGUUGUUGCCACUCCAGGUCGUUUAAAGGCGUUAGUGAGAGAAAAAUACAUUGAUUUGUCUCACGUCAAGAACUUUGUCAUUGAUGAAUGUGAUAAAGUUUUGGAAGAAUUAGACAUGAGAAGAGACGUUCAAGAAAUUUUCAGAGCUACUCCAAGAGACAAACAAGUCAUGAUGUUUUCAGCCACACUUUCUCAAGAAAUCAGACCAAUUUGUAGACGUUUCUUACAAAAUCCAUUGGAAAUUUUUGUCGAUGAUGAAGCUAAACUUACUUUACAUGGGUUGCAACAAUAUUAUAUCAAAUUAGAAGAACGUGAAAAAAACCGUAAAUUGGCUCAAUUAUUAGACGAUUUGGAAUUCAAUCAAGUCAUUAUUUUCGUUAAAUCUACUACAAGAGCUAAUGAGUUGACCAAACUGUUAAACGCCUCUAACUUCCCAGCUAUUACCGUUCAUGGUCACAUGAAACAAGAAGAACGUAUUGCUCGUUACAAGGCCUUCAAAGAUUUCGAAAAACGUAUUUGUGUAUCCACAGACGUUUUUGGUAGAGGUAUCGAUAUUGAACGUAUUAACUUAGCCAUUAAUUACGAUUUGACCAAUGAAGCUGACCAAUAUUUACAUCGUGUUGGUAGAGCCGGUAGAUUUGGUACUAAGGGUUUGGCUAUUUCAUUUGUUUCCUCGAAGGAAGAUGAGGAAGUUCUGGCUAAGAUCCAAGAACGCUUCGAUGUCAAAAUCGCUGAAUUCCCAGAAGAAGGCAUUGAUCCGUCCACUUAUUUGAAUAAUUAA